AUGCAGAUUGACAAUCUCCCUGACAGCUUACUCAUCGAAAUCCUUAAAAGACUACCUUGCCAAUUUGUUCUCCGAUCUAAAACCGUCUGCAAACGAUGGCUUUCUCUCGUCUCUGACCCUUUCUUCAUUCGUUGUUUCGUCCACCAUCACCAACACGACGUUAACCAUUCCCCGCCAUUCACGUUGGUGCACCAGUUUUAUUAUUGGCAUCACCAUGUCACCGAAACAGCGUGUAGGAAGAUCCAUGCAGUUUCGGAGCACCCAAUUCUCCAAACCCGAGAAUUCUUCCUAGACUUUCUCCCCUGCUUCCAACACCCGGAUCCAUGGCCCAUCCGUAUAGUUGCAUCCCAUGGAGACCUUGUGGUAUGUCACGACAACAAACUGUAUUCCCAUCAAAGCAAGUACUACGUUUGCAAUCUUCUAACAAAGCAAUGGCGGGCGCUCCCGCCAAUCCCUGGUCGCCACGUGGAGGAUGACAUGGCCAUUGGUUUAGUACUAUACGGCGAUGAAUAUGAUCUUCCGAUGGUCAGCUACAAGGUGGUUCGGAUCCUUAAACUUGGGUCUCGUAGUAGUCAUCUCAUUUCCGAGAUCUUUUCUUCCGAUACAGGGGAGUGGACCGAGUCCUCAUUACCCUGCCCACCGAGCAUACGCCGGUUUUGGCAGUUCAGAACAAGUGCUGUUACUGUAAACAAUGCCUUACAUUGGAUAAUUAACGGUAACAAUGGCGAAACCGUAAUUGUCCUCGAUCCGUUUACCGGCAUCAAUGGUGAAUGUCGGCUCAUUGAUCCUCCCCUCGAGUUGAAGUUCGAGAUGGCACAUGUUUGUCUAGGAACAUGCAGGGAGAAACUGAGGAUGUCCACAAUAAAAGGGGUGCACCCGAAUAGGAUGCUUAAAGUUUGGGAGUUGCAGGACUAUGAGAACGGGAAAUGGUUAUUACAGAACAGGAUAUGCCUAAAGGAGAUGGUGUUUGUUACUGAUUAUCAGUUUGAUAUGCUCGAGUUUUCGACUAAUCUUGUUCUGAGUUUCCACCCAAAAGAUGGGGAUGUUGUGUACUUGAGAUGCCAUAAUCAUAUAAUGAAGUGUAAUAUGAGGAAGGGAACGUUGGAAGUGGUUACCAAGUGUCUUGGAGAUCCGACUUUUGUUAUCCGUACUCUUACAGUUUUUCCUCUGGUUCAUCCCUGUUGGCCGUCAUUAACUGCAUAG